AUGGCCGUGGUGCUUGAGCCAGGAUAUCAGCCCAUUGUGAAGCUGAAACAGAAGCGUGCCUUCAGUAACACAGACCGUCCCCAAAACCGCAGCACGUCGUUUCUUCUCGUGCGUGGUGGAUCUUGGUGCCAAAGGGAGCUUUAUCCUUCGCAGACUCGAGACGAAUCCGAAUCAAGCAAUGUCCUCACAGAGGCGGAGAAGAAGGCCAAGAAGGCCCAGCGGGAGCGAGAGCGGCCAAAGCAUAGAGCAGAGCUUUACGAGAAGCUCAAGGAACAGCUUGCGGGUGUCACUAACGCCACUCCUCCAGGGACCCAUGCGGAGACGUUGGGCGAGGCUGCUGUGAUGUUACAAACAUUGCAGUCUGGCACAGAUCACAUUCAGGCAUAUGUCCCACCCGCCCGAGAAGGUCUUCAGUUUGGUGCUGCAGCUACCCCGUCUGAGACUGACCCGCCGCUUCAUCUCAAGAUCACCACACCCUCAACCACGAGCAGUCCUCAGGAUGUGCCUCAGCUCGCUUCCUCGUCAACGACAUUCGGCGGGAAGAAGAAGUCAAACGAUUUGACUCAGGCGAUGACCGAGUCGGGAGACGAAAUGAAGCGCGCCAUCACUGAUGAAGAUGGCGAAGACCAGGACGGCUCGAAGAGGUUCAAGGUGACUGAUCCUUUCAACAUCGUUCGUCCUCGCUGCCCGAACUGCAGGGCUGUGCGAUGCAUCAAGGAUCAUUCCGAGGAUUGGUGCGAUUGUAGCCAGAGCGACCCAAGACGACUGGACGCCCAAGCGACAGCAAUGUCGUCUCCAGAGAAGCCGCGAACAGUGGCAGAGGACUCGAGCUUUGAUACUGCGAAGUCACCCACCGUCACAGAUCAACCCAAGUUGUCAGCAGAGGACUCGAGCGCCGAACUUCCAAAGGCGACAGCGAAGGAUACGGCCCUUCCAGAGAGCAUGAAAAAAGUGCUUGCUCGUCCAAACUUCAAGGCAAAGAGCUCAAAGCGCGCUUCAAAGAAAGCGGGCAGCACCGCAUCAAAGGCACCAUCGGCCUUGUCGCGGGCCAUGUCUCGUGCAGAUCAAGAGACGAAGAGCGAUAUCGUCCAUGAGCCACUCGACUCACCAGACGCUGAGACUUCUCGUCCGCCAAAAUCUACCAAAGCGCGGAAGUCAGCUCCAGCCAUCUCGAACUCCACCGGCUCGAAGCUCCUACGUAUCGCUACCACGACCGCAGCCGGCAUGAAAGGCCAGGACCCAGAUCUCAACGAGUUCGGUGAGACACGCAAGCGGAAGAGAGGCGAGGGAAAGACACAAGCGGCGAAGAAGAGGGACACGGAGGACGAGAAGCUCUGGAAGCCCGCGGAUCCGCUCAACGUCCAGUUUCCACGCUGUGCAGGAUGUCAGGCGGUGUUUUGUACAUGUGGAUACAAGCCAGAGUACUGCUCGUGUACCUGCUGGUCGUGCGGUCGCAAAGCUGGAGGCAAGUUGUGA